AUGUCAUUCGGCCAAUUCACCCGUACCGAUCGGGCGUUUGAUCUGCUAGCACUGGGAGACGACCCUACCGGUUAUUUCGCCUUGAUCCAUCUUGCCGAUUGCCACCUCCGAGACCCACCUUGCGUCCACCCGCUUUGUCUCGGUCCCCUCCAUUCUACUCUACUCCACUCCACUCCACUCCAGUCUACUUUACUCCUGCCGUUGCCAAUCCAUCCGCUGGACGAUGAGACAGCUGCCAUCCACACAGUCACUUGUACAUCACCGCUGAGGAGAUUGCUUCGGAAACAGCGUCAGUAUGAAUGUUCCAGUAAAGCCAAUCGCCAGCUGGUCAAGAGGAAUCAGGCGUCAUCUUCUGGUGGAACCGAGCUUCGAAUCUCUUCACGCAACACUUUCACUCGAAAUGGCAGUAAGCUCAACAAUUGGGCUUUCAGCGGUCCCUUCUUUUGCAAUGUCGACGGUUAUAGCCUGCAUGUGGAUGAAAAUGUGUGUCGUGGUGACGAAAAACGUACGGACUACCUUCGCGAUACCUCACACAGUCGAAGGUCUCAUUCUUUUUUGUAUGGUUUGUCCGGUUUUAUUCCAUCUCGCUGUCGCCUGUGUGGUGCUCACGAUGUCGGGCAAGACGAGCAUGGCAACCUGUCGGUCACGGCG